AUGGCAGCUGUAAUUGGCGACCUGGUUCCUGACGUCGCCCGCUUCCGUGGCCUGCUCGUGAACCCUUCAUCGCUCCAGCGCCCGCAAACCCACGGCGCUCCCUCGCCCCGGCGCCGCUCCACCGCCAGCAGCAGCGGCGGCCGCCCAACGCCCGCCACGCCACCGCGCCCUCUUCCUCGUCCUCCGCCGUGCCGACCAGACGCGCCCGGAUCGGCACCCGCAGCUCUCGCCGACCAACAGGCACGAGGACCGUCAGCAGCCGCGCCAAGGCCGCCGCCCUCAUCGUCUGUGCCCGCCCCUGCGACCCCGCAGCCCGACGCUUUCAUCGGUGGCCCCUCGCGAAUCCCCUCGCCGCCGCCCUCGUCGUCGCCCGCCGCCGUCGCCGACGAUGAGAAGGACCCAGCAUCCAUGGCUUCCACGACCCAAGACGGCGCUCUGCCUCUUGCCCGCGCCCCCCAUGCCGCCCCCCAUGCCGCCCCAAUGAGCGCGCCCCCGAGACGCCAGCGCCAUCAGCCGUCGCCGCCCGCCGAUGACUUUCAAAUACCAUCCUCCACCUCUCACCGCUACCCGCUGUCCGACGCCGCUCACCCGCCAGCCCAGGGCCCCCAGCACCAGGUCGUCGUCCACGUCCGCGACCUCGCCCACGUCCAGACCCUCGCCGGCCCCCGGAAGCUGGGCGCAAACGGCCCCGGCGUCGCGCCCGCUCCCCACACCAAGUACGAGAUCAGCGCCAUGCCCAUGGGCGACAUCAUCGAGAUGGUGGCCGCGCUCCUGACCAAAAUCACCACCACAAACGACUUGCAGCACGACGCCCUGCAGCGCAACGCAGCCCACCAGCAGCAGGCCAGCCAGACAACCGACUCCCCCGGCGGCUCCAACAUGAGUCCCCUGAGCCACUCGGUCCUCGCCUUUCACGGCAAAAACGUCCCGGCCAUCACCAUCCUCAGCUACCUCUCCCGCAUCCACAAGUACUGCCCCACCACCUAUGAGGUCUUUCUGAGCCUGCUUGUCUACUUUGACCGCAUGACGGAGCGCGUCAACGACAUGGUUGUCAAGGCCGACGACGCCACGGCGCAGUCCCAUCCCUCCCGCCAAGACUCGGCCAUGAGCGACGACGCCCCGCCCGCCGCCAGCGAUGCCGACGAGAGCGAUUCAGACCUCGCCGACGACGACAACGACGAGCAAGUGGCCAACUCGGCCGACGCGCCCUCCCGCCAGCAGAGCGGCAGGGUCAUCACCGUCCCCGAGAUGCAGUCUGGCGCCGCCGGACCCGUGACGUGCUUCGUGGUGGACAGUUUCAACAUUCACAGGUUAAUCAUAGCCGGCGUCACCUGUGCCAGCAAGUUCUUUUCCGACGUCUUUUACACAAACUCGAGAUAUGCCAAGGUCGGAGGGCUGCCCCUCGCCGAACUCAACCAUCUCGAGAUCCAAUUCCUCGUCCUCAACGACUUUCGCCUGGCCGUGCCCGUCGAGGACCUCGAGGCGUAUGCCACCAUGCUGGUCGAGUUUUACGCCCGAGAGGUGAUUGAGCAAAGGGCAGCGCCUGGACUGGGAGAGUAG